AUGUCAUCGAUCGAAGACAACGAACUUCCCAAAGCCAACAUUUCACGAGUAUUGAAACAUGCCCUUCCUCCUGGUACAGCACUGCAAAAAGAAGCCAAGACGGCUGUCAGCAAGUCUGCCACAGUAUUCAUCAACUACUUGAGUUCAGUUGCCAACGACACCGCUAGGAGUGCCAAUCACAAAACUAUCAGUGCAGCCGACGUAUUCAAGGCCAUGGAAGUACUAGAGCUUGAUCAUCUCAUUCAACCAUUGAAGGAAUCAUUUGCAGCGUAUCAGCAAUUGCAAUCCGACAAGAAACAACGCAAGAAGGAUAAAAAGACUGAGGACGAGGCUCGGGGGCAAAAGCGUGAUGCAGAUGAUGAGGAGGAAGGCACACCUGAACCUAAAAAGCGCAAAGAGGAUGAAGACGAUGAGGAGGAAGAUGUUGAUGACGAGGAGGAAGAAAAGGAGGAGGAUGAAGAAAUGGCUGAAUCACAACCUACAGCAGCAGCAGCAGCAGCAGCAUCCUCAUCUUCUCCUACAGCAGCAGCUAGCAAUGAAAAGGAAUAA